UAGGGCCUACAGUUUAACCAUGUGAUUCAUGCCCAAAGAUCAGCAACUAGAAGGCAGAACAAGCAGCAGGGGUCAUGAGCAGCAGGAGACCACAAAAAGGGUUUUGGAAGUACUACCUGGAAAUAAGUAAGAGCAAAAUGAAUGAUGGAGCUUGUAGUUGGCUAGAUGCAGUGGUGGGAUGGAUGAGAAAAAUAAGUUGAGCUUGAAUCCUGGCGAGAUGGGAGGCACUGUGAGUUGUUCCCGGGUCUGACAAAUUGGUCAUUUGCCAGGCUUGGACAGGGUUGCACUCCCUUCUGAAGGAGCAGGUACACAGGCUGGGGGGCGGGGUGUGCUUCUGAAUCCAGCUUUGUCACUGAAGGCCCAGGUAGCCUGAGUGACAUGAAGUGCCUUUAAUUAACUGUACCUGGUUCAACAGCUAUGACCAUUUCUCUACUGCGAGAGCUUGACCAUGGUAGAUCAGGUACUGGUGACUUCAAGCUUAGAUUACUGCAAUGCAUGCUAUGUGGGGCUUCCCUUGUGCAUGACCCAGAAACUCCAGUUGGUGUAGAAUGCUGCAGCAUGGUUGCUCACAAGAGGGAGGUGCUGUCAGCAUAAAACACUGCAGCCCAGAGAUUUGCACUGAUUGCCAAUUUGUUACUAGGCCAGGUUCAAGGUGUUACUAUUGGUAUAUAAAGUCCUUAACAGCUGGAGACUGGUUUAUUUGCGGAAUCAUUUUACCCCACUUGACCUUUUCCGGGCAGGCAUCUUCACUGUACUCUUUUUGGGAUCCACUUAAAGCAUUUUUCUUUAGGCAAGCCUAUCCAGAUAGGUAGGUAUUGAUGCGUUUAAUCUUUUUACUGUUAGUAUUAAUUAUAUUUAACUGUUUUUAUUGAUAAUGUUAACAUUUCUUGUAAACUGCUUAAGCUGUUUAGAGGUUUUACUGCAAGCAGCAUAUAAAUGUUGCUGAAAAAUAAACAAACAAAUACUUAGAACUGAGGGAUCAACACAACUCUUGAUCUUGGUCUUUGACACUUGAGAUAUAGGUUUAAGAAGGCACCUUAUUCUUGUGGUUGUAAUCUGUUUUCAGUAUUUUUAAUGUUUAAUUUUAAAUAAUUGCAACCCACCCUGGGACCUGCUGGUGAAGGGUGGGUAAUAAAUUUAAUAACACCAGCAAAAACUAACUGUUCAGGUGGCAAUUUUAUGCAUAAGAGCCUACAGGAUCAAGUCAAUUGCCCAUUUAGUCCAACAUCCUGUUCUCAUAGAGGCCAACUAGAUGCUUGUGGGAAGCCAGCAAGCAGGAUUCAAGCACAAUAGCACUCUCCCCUCCUGUGGUUUCCAGCAACAGAUAUUCAGAAGCAUUACUGCCUCCAAGUGCAUUUCACCAUAAACCUGCUCUGAUUAUGUCUAAAGAACGAUGUCAACACCCAAAGUAUGGGUGGCCCCGACUCCGUCCUACAUCUGUCAUAGACCUUUCUCUACAGUCCCUCUCCCUAAGCAUUUUUCACCUUUCACUCAGCUAGGGUCACUUCCAAUAGUUGAUGGUGUAGCUGGUUGACUAACUGAACCCAAAGACAGCCCAUUCAUGGUUCCUCAUCAUCUUGGAUAAAAGUGAAGUGCUGCAGGGUUCUGUUCUGGGCCCAUUGUCAUUCAACAUAUUUAUAAACAACUUGGAUGAAGGAAUUGAGGGGAUGCUUAUCAAAUUUGCAGAUAACACCAAACCGGGAGGGAUAGCCAAUGCCACAGAAGACAGAAUCAGAAUUCAAGAUGACCUUAACAGAACUGGGACAAAACUAACAAAGUGAAUUGCAAUAGGGACAAAUGUAAGGCUCUACACUUAGGCAGGAAGAACCAGCUGCACAAAUAUAUAAUGGGGGAUACCAGACUAGUAAGCCAUACAUGUGAAAAGGAUCUAGGGGUCUUAGUAGACCACAAGCUUAACAUCAGUCAACAGUGUGAUGCAACAGCAAAAAAAAGCUAAUGCUGUUCUAGGCUGCAUCAACAGGAUUAUAGUUUCCAGAUCAAGAGAAGAGAGAUCCAGAAGAUCAAGGGUCUGGAAACCAAGCCUUAUGAGGAUCAGUGCCCUGGCAGGUCUUGAACCUGCAUCUCCUGUUUCCCAUCACACUGUGCUGUCCAGUGAGUUUAUUAGCAUUUGCACCUCCUAUGAGAACACACUGUCAUACUGAUGGAUUUAAUUUCUUCUCUAGAGCCUCUAGGCCUUAUUGGAGAUUUGUUUUAUAGCCUCUAGCACUGAUUGCCUCUUUGGCAAAUCACAAUGUACUCAUUUCAGUCAUGUGACUUCUCUGUCUCAUGCAAGAGUUAUGCUUGAGGACAGCUGCAACUGUGUAUAGUUAAACCACAGAAAGCCAGGAAUACGUUUUUGCAGGAAUGUCAGGAUUUGAUGGGCCUAAAAGAGAAAAUUGCUUUUUUCUUCUUCCUCUACCCUGAUUAAUAUUUAACUCACAGGUAGGACAUGCCUCAACUUCACACUAGUUGAAUCUAUUCAAUGUUAAUCUUUAACUUCCUAGACAACAGAACUUGACAUUCAUCUUUAUAACCAGCUACUGUUGGCCACAUUCCCAGCUAUACCCCACUUUCUACAUUAUUGUGCUUUAUUCCUUCUCUGUAUCUAAUCUCAUUUGUAUCUACUCUGAUAUAUUACAUACCUGGAUUUCAGAAAUACAAUUAUUCUUUAAACUUCUGGGUAAAUAUAAAAUGGUAUCCUGGAAUGCAACCCACAGGGCAGUAAAAGAAAUGGAACACUUCUGGAAACAAUGGGUAAAAAAAUGAUUUGGCACAUAACCAGAGAAACAGGGGUUUUUUUCAUAAAAAGAUCUGCUAGUAUAUCAGAUGGUGCCUGAUGUCUGAGAUUGUUAAUGGUUUGCAGCCUAUAAUGUUCGCUCACAAACAACACUAACAAGCUUACUUGUAGCCUUUCAGAUGUCCAUGUUGCAAAAAUAACAGAUUAUGCAAUAAAAAUGAAAAUUGCAUCCCACAUAUUUAUUUUAAGAACAUUUCACGCAUUAUUAAAAAAUGCAUAUUUAAACAGCAGAACGUCAAAUGGCACCAAAAAAUGGUAGCAGCCACACACGAGAAAUUGAUACUAUACAAGGAGCAGCAACUACAAUGCAACAGCGGAGCAAUAUGACCAGAAUGGCAGAAUCACGAACCAAAGUAGGCACGAUGAACCACAUGAAUCCGUGUGGAGCUACAGCACAGCACCUAUAUUCCUUCUGGGUCCGCAGGGGUCAGUGUUAACACUUAUGCAACGCCGCUCUGCCCUACCAGCAUGCCAACCAUAUGUCUGAAGAAGCACAUGCAAUUAAGAAACCGAUUAUUUCCCCCUCCUCGCUUCGACUCGCUUCCCCCAACUCUGCACCCCUCCUGCAGUACCUUAAGCGGGUGGAUUUCAAAGCCCAGCUUCUCCAAGUGAUCUCGGAUCCUUUUCUCCAGCUCAACCACGCGUAGCUCCAUCAUAGCAUGAGCGCGGAGUACUGUGGGAAAUGUAGUUUCCCAUGAGGUAAGGCGGACCCACACCACGCGCCGGACACGAGAGCCGAGUCCUCCCUCCCUCCCGCGGGCAGCGCGUUUCGCUGCCGCAGCGACGGGCCGCGCGCCUCUCCCAAUAAGGAACCGGGACGCUUUUUCCCGACACCCCCCGCUUUGGGGCGCGAAGAGCCUUUCGGGAAAUGCAGUCCCGGUGACUUCCCCCCUCACAGUAGCCGCUGGGCCUUACGGACUUUCCUCUCCAGAAACCUCCGCGGCGGAACGGAAGGCGGAACCUGCCUCGGGGCUUUUAGCGGUUUCGGACGUGCGUGUUCGAAUCCUUUGCCUUCGGAGAGGGGGUCUGGCUGCGGGUCCAGGCAAGGCCGGCGUGGCUUUUCGCCCCCGGCCCUCCAUUCCCUUGGCCUCCGUUUGGUCGGGGCAGCCGGGAGCGCUAGUGAGUGGGGCCUGGCUUGGGUGUCCUCAUAGCGGGGAGGCUGACGUGGGUCCUGAGCCAGCCCUCCAGACUGGAGCCACCACCGGCCGUGGCUGGGUUGAGGCGGGCGGGGUGUUCCACGCUCCCUUGUGGGACCGGCCGAGGGAGACCCUCUCGCCCAGCGCUCCAGAACACAUCCCGGACACACCAGGAAGCGACCUCCCAGGAGGGGCUGCUCUUGGCCGCAGUCUCUAAGGACGGGGGUGGGAAGAGGGCGCCUCCGCUUCCAUUUCCCCUCUGCUGAGGAACUGCUUGGUUAUCUCUGCCCCUAGAGAGCCGUGGUCUAUCGUUGAAAGAGUUUAUGGGCCUCCAGAGCGUUGUGCUUUAGAGCUGUGCUCUUUAAACUGUUGGCACAGUAGUUAAAAGGUGCUUGUGAAUCUGUCCCAGAGAUGUUGGGUGUCUGAUGCUGCAUUCCCUUAAGAGGCAUUUUUGUGUGUGACUUGAAGGAAACUUGUUAGGCAGUCUUUCUGCAAAAGUGUCUGCAUUUCCAAGUCUGUACCUUCCCCACCCCACCCCUCCUUUGCUAUGACGAGAUUCAGCGUUGCUCACGGGAGAAAAAUAAACCGUCUCCUGCUGCUUUUGCAGGCGCUCUUCUCUCCUGCUGGGAUUUCUUUCUAGCCAAGGACUCUUCCCGGGUUACAGUUGGGCAACCAGUGAGUUGUUAAAACAUCUUUUUGCUAACAGCAUGGAUUGGGACACACAGCUCAGCUCUCUCUUGACUGCAGCAGACAGCAACAUGGCAAAAAUUAAGGCAAGUUUUGUUUGGAGCAACAUACUGGUUGAAGAAAAGUGUCUAGUGUAAUUGAACAAGGGGUGUGUAUGCUGCUAAAUAUUUAAAAGUUGAUCACACCAAAGUUGUGUUCUGCAAGGGGGAAAUGUGUUGAUGAUAGUUUCCAAGAACUAGUCUUUAAUAAAAUCUGCUGAGUGUUUUGCUAUUGAUUGUUAAAGGUGGCUAUUACUGUAUUUUUCGCUCCAUAAGCCGCACCUGACCAUAAGCCGCACCUAGUUUUUAGAGGAGAAAAACAAGAAAAAAAAUAUUCUGAACAAAACAGUGGAUGUAUGAUUUUUGUGGUUCAUGCUGUAGCCACAGACAUGUGUUUUGACGGUGAGUUUGGGGUAGCCCAAUGCAAAAAUCCUGAGAAUCCAUGUGGAUCCAUGCUUUGUAACCACGUUUUUGUGCCAUUGCGGCCCCACGAAACAGUGGAUGUGUGUGUGUUUUUGGUGCAGGCUGUAGCCAUGGACAUGCUAUGUGAUCUGAUGGUGAAUUUGGGGUGACCCAAUGCAAAAAUCCUGAGGAUCCAUGUGGAUCUGCAGGGUUUUUCUGAGCUUUGGAGCUAACUUCUAAGAGCUGUUCAUUUGACUCUGUUCCAUGACAUUCUGGAUACAGGUAAAACCAUUUUUGUGGGUUUUUAUUAAUUUUGUUCUGCUUUUAGAAAUCACCCUUACUACCUGGUUCUUGCUGUUAAACUGUUUAGUUCUGGGCUUGUAUUGCUAUCGUAGUUUUGCUAUUUUUAGCCUGUGAAUUUAAGAUACAUUGACUAUUUUGUACACCAGUUUGGGUAUGGCAGCUAAAAAGCAGCUUUGAAAUCUUAUAAAUAAAGGUAUGGGAAUGCUUCUUUGAUCUUUGGCCAAGUUAGCAAAUGACAGUUGCUGUCGUUGCCUGGAAAAUGUGGCAUUAAGACAUUGUGCAGAUUUACCUUGCUCUGUGUAUUUUACUGUCCUGUCCAUUGAAGGCACUAUAAUGAUGAAUGAGAAUGUUUUGUCUUGUCAGUUCCUCUCCAAGUGUUUAUGCAGUACUUUCUAACUUAAAUUUCAUGUAGCAUCCCUCGGUGGAAGCAGUGUGCAUUCAUACACUCAAGUGUUAAUCUUUCCACUGUUUAUUCAAAACAGUGUUAUAACUUUCUGUCCCAUCUUCUGUUUUUGUUCCAGCAACGUCUGAACACUUCCAGCAUCUCUUCCAAAGGUAAGAAUGAUUGACCUGCAUUGUAUAAUUCUAAAGCACCUUUUCCAGAAAGAAACAUCUCUUUCAUACUUUGAAUUUCUGAAGUUUUGAGAUUAGAGAGCUCUUUACUGAUUCUAGUGUAUAUAAAUCCUGGGAGCAAACAGUGAAAGAAGGCAAUUGCCUUCAUGUAUUGCUUAUAAGCACCUAGAGGCAUCUAACUAACUGGCUGUUCCUGCGAACUGAAUGAAAGGCUAGAUGGAGCUCGGUCUGGUCCAUCGAGGUGAUUCUUUGACCCUACACAUCCACCCCCACCUCUGUUUUCUCCCUUUUCCAUCUCUGGCUUUGCUUUUAAAAAAAUGAUACUAAACUCACUUCUACACCAUUGGUUGCUAUUUAUAAAAGCACCUAAUAUGCAUGAAGUGAAGCAGGAAAGUAUAGCAAAUUCCUGCCCAAAUCACAGGGAGGUAGUAUAAAAGGGAAAAAAGGGAAGAGAGUUAAAAGCCUACAAUAAUUAACUUUUGAGUAGGGAGAGGGUUGGAAUCCAAUAGACUCCCAGGAGAAUAUUUUAAUUUCUUAAAAGUGAGAGUAAGAGGUAACAAGCUGAAUACUUAAAAGGAAAGAAUUCUAUACCAGGGGCUAUAUGUCCAAGAGCACACGUGGACAAGAAAUAGCACAGCGGAGUAGGCUGUAUUGUGCAAUUGAGGUGAUUUAGAGAGCAAGCAAUGUAGGUAGAUACUUUUGACAGUUUCCAUACUAGGUGGACCAGUCAGGUUUGUUCCUUUCCAUCCCAACAGCUGAUCUCUUGCUAGACAGAAUAAAUACUGAGAGUGCUGCUCUGACUGAGCAACAGACUGGACCACCACCCCUGCAUUUCACAUGUGGAGCUCACUCAUGCUGUAGAAUGGCUGCUGAUGAGCUUUCUGCCAUCAGCAAGCAAUUGCAUUCCCAAGCCCAGGUAAGUGACACUGAAAUGAUGCGCAAGCUACUAUGCUAUGGUGUAGAGAAAAGCUUUGCUAAUACAUCUGGGUGCAUACACCAGCAAAACCACAUGCAAAGUCUUGCACAUGAGAAGAUAGUGCCAUACAGUAGAUGGUUGAACUUAAAGCAGACAGAUCUGGGUUGUAAAUUGCUGUUCGGGCAUAAAACUCGCUGUGAGACCUUGGCCCAGCCAUUGUGCCUCAAUUUAGUCUGCAUCAUUAGAUUGUCGUGGAGUUAGAAUAGUGGGGAAUUCCAUGAAUUCCAACCCCUGCUCCUUGGAGGAAAUGUGAGAUUUACGGUAAAUCAUGUAACAGGAAAUAAUACACGUUCUCAAACCAACAAUUUGGUUAGGAUUAGUUUUUCUAGUAUAUUAUGUUCCAGCCUAAGAUUUUGAGGGCUUCUUUCUUAUGAUGGCAUUUGCUGUUCCCAUGACUCUGGUCCUCCUUUCUUUCUCUUAGGUCAUAGAAUCCCUCACCCAGGCAGUACAUCGGCUGAAACAGGAGAAGGAACUGCAGCAGCAGAGUAUCAGUCACCUAGAGGGUAUAAGAGAUUUGUCCAGUUUGGCAUUGCCUCUGCCAGACUGCCCUUUCUCUGAUGUGUUCAAACAAGUUGCACCUAAAAGAGCACAAGUUUUAUUUAUUUUACUUAAAACGUGUAUUUUUCUAUUUUUGCUUUUUGUAUUAAAAUGUUCAAAGCAGCUUACAAUUACAGUUUGAGAAAUAUACAAGGUAAAAGCACAAUAUGGGAGAGAGCGUGCAUGCACAGAAAAUGCCUCAGUUCAGGAGGUUUCAAACAUCAACAACUCCCAAAAGAGUCAUCUUUAGAAGCUAAUGGGAUGGAGCAGGGUGGACAUAAAAAAAGUUCCCCAUAGCUGGUGCAAAUGCAGAGUGGGUUUGUGCUGCAGUCCAGCCUAACAUAAUUCAUCACUGAGACAUGAAGGAGAGUCCCUCCAGCAGAUUUUAGUGAGUGAUAAUAAUUAGCAUUUUUUAAUUGGACCCAGAAAUGAACAAAACCCCAAUGAAACUGUUGGAAGAUUCUUCUCUUGCUUAGCUGAUAACCCUGUUAUGAGAAAUAUGUCAUGGUAGCUAAGAAUCCAGCCACUUCACCUCCCUCCUUCCUCAUACUUGAAUCCACACUUCAUUUAUGUCUGUCAGCACUCUUGCCAGCUCCAUGGUAUUCUGAUGGGGACAAACCUCUCUUGAAUGUGGUUAACAGACUGCCGUGCACCAAUGGUGAAUGGGCAUCAAUGUCACUGUAUCUCCACAACAGCCAAGGGGAAUACUGUUGGCUAAUUUCGUCCUGUCCUGCUUCAUGUUGCAGAGGAGGUGGAUCGACUGCAGCACAAUUCUCACGGCAGCUUAGACUCAGUGCUGGGAGUCAGGAUGGAAGGGCUGAAGACUGAGUUCCGUAGCCUUCGGCAGCAAGUGUUUCAGCAGUCAGAUGGUGACUGUACUCCUGAUCCUUUUUCCAACCCUGGCAUCAUGCAAGAUAUGCGGGAGAGGUCAGCAAUUGAGCUAUCUAGUGAAAGUAACUGCUUUAUGUAUAGGGAUGUUCGAGAUGAGUGGGAUAGUGUGGUGAUGGACAAAGAACAGUACUUUUCCAAGUGUCAACUGCAGAUCAUUAAUUGCUGGAAGAAAGUUGGCAUGUCAUUUGCAAUUUGAGAAUGUCUUCAAAGACUUGAAUGAACUGUGGCCUCUGCCAAGUUUUCUUGAAUGGGGUUGCUGCUGUGCUGGGAAGAAUAACAGUUGCUGUUCUAAUAACCACUUGCUUGUAGUGAAUUGUGUUACCUGAGUGGACCCCUGUAGGUUAGCAAUAUAUUUUUCAGUGAUUUCUAGCCUAUAGAAAGCCAACAAUUCAAGCAUGCUUGAGCUCUAUCUUACCAUUUCUCUGGGAAUCAGAAUGGCAUGGGGCCAAUUCCAUAAAUUUCAAAACUGUUAAUGUUUUAAAACAGCUGAAUUUGGAAUGGACUUUGCAGUAAAUCCAGAAAAGUGAUCCCUGUUGUCUUAAUUCUGUUCCUGAUUUCCUUCUUACUCUAGUAAGAAAAUCUUGUGGCAAGAAUAUAAGUGCAUCAAAAGAGAGAUGGAACACCUGAAGCACAAACUAGGCAAGUACUACUUGAUGCUCCUGCUCCCCUGGCCUCUGUCCUGUAAUAACUAUUGGGAUAAAGGCUAUGUGCCCUGUGGGCCUCAUUGGGAAGAGAGAAAUAUGUACAGAAUUGAGAAAAUGACAUGGCUUAUUGCACCCUUUAGAUCAGCAAGAGGAUGAUCUGUUCCACCAAGUGUCUGCAACUGAUGAGAUAAAGAAGACUCAAAGAAGAUACUGUCAGGUACGUUGUUAAGAAGGUUCCCUGCUGCUACCCAAUCACUUUGUGCUAGUAGUCCUAGGCCCAGCAUGGAACAUGAAGGGCGGAUGCAGUCCCUACCCCAGAUAUCUAAAAUAUAUUGGACAGACAAGACAGAGAUGACUGAAAGAUUAGAACAAGAUUACACUAUACCUACAAGCUAGAUGACUCUAGCACAGGGAUGAGGAACCUUUUUUUGCUUUAUCUGGCACCUCCUCGCAGGUCAACAACCUACCCGUCAAUUCUAUGACAUGUUACAUGAUUGACAGGUGAGUGUCCUGCCCACUUGCGAAAAUCCUUGCGUCCAGGAGGAAAUGAAGAAAGGGCCAUUUUGCAAGCAAAGGCCUUUUCCCUCAUGCACUCUGCCUUGGCUUGUGAAAACUCUUCCUUUCUUUCACUGCUCAUAAAAAGCACCUUCCUUUUGGCUUGCCUUGACUGUGGUGCCUGCUCAUACAGCCAACAUGAGAAGGAGUUAAGCUUUGCUUAUCAGCUGAGAAGUAAAGGGUUGCAAGUACCUGUUUGCGCAGCCAAGGCAGAAUUGAACCCUGCCCACCUGACAAUCAGCUGGUGCCACUUGGAUUUGUCAGCAGAUUGACUGGUGGGCAUGGUUUGUGGAAAAUAGCCUGGUUGGCCAAGAUUUGCCCCACCUGCUGCUCUAGCAAAUAUUCAGUUCAAGAAGUAGUCAUUCACCUUUGAUGCCACUUGUUUAAAUACUCUUCCUUCCCUAAUGAUGGUUUCUUAAGCUAUGGAAAGAUUCCUGAACUGUAGCCACCACCAUCAGUCUUGAUGUAUGUCCUGCCUUUCCAGCUUUCACAUUAAAAUAGAGUGUGGGCUUAGAGCAAACAAACCACUAUUGGGAAGUAAUGAUUUAACCUUGGCUUCAAAUUGUGAGGUUUUAUUUGGAGACAAACCAGAAGUGCUGGUUUGAAUGCAAAAUGAUUUCAUUGUUUGUUUUGUUCAUGGAGGGAGGAGUCAAGUGGGAGGGUUACAGCUGUAUACACAGAUGCUUAGCUUGUUCACAGCCUAAUUCGCUUAAAACAUAGUUAAUGACUUAGUACUGCUUCCAAACAUUGUGGAAACUUGUGGGCACCUCUUAAGGCCAUUAUACCACUGUGCUGUGCUUCCCUAGCCUGGAAAAACCAGUGCAGUGGUAUUAGGAAUAUGGUCACAUGUGUUUGCCAUUCUGCUUCUGUCUGUGGGUAUAUGCUAAUCUCUGCAGCAGAAUACAUGACUGGGAAACUAUGGAUAUACUUAAAAACUAAAAAACAAGCAAAUACCCAAAACACUCUUAACUCCCUGCUUAUGUUUUUUUUGUGGGGGGAAUUUCUUUUAAAAACAAAAUUAACCCUAAAAGCUUAGGUUAAAACCAUAGUUAUCUGUCUUCUUAUUCCCAGAUGCUGGAAGAUCUGAAGGACAGUCAUAAAGCUCAGACUAAGGAUUUGGACAAAGCUAGGAUUGAGACCCAGAGCACUCAGAAGGAACUUAGUCAUGUCAAGUAGGGAAACACAUGUUAUGCUGUAUGUGCUUCACUUGAUAGCUGCCCGUGGUUCAAUGCAGGAUUGAGACGUGCAUGGUUGCUAAAUUAUUACCACUGUUUCUCUUAUUCAAAAAUGGUGUUGUAGAUGGUUGCUAGUAGACAGUUGUCCACCAGAGGGCCUCCUAUUCAUUGCAUUAGCCUCCAAAAAGGCAAUGAUGAGACAGGAAUCUUUGAAGGUGCUGCAGAAGGCUAGCAGUUUGCUUUCUUCCCAAACCAGACUUCCCUAAUCUGGGGCCUUCCAGAGGGUUUGGACUAAUUCCUGACCAGACAGGAUGGUAGCAGGUUGAAGAAGGCUGCCCUAGUCACCCAAUGGUUUGGAUGUUUCCCAUCCCCUUCUCCCUAUAGCCACUUGACACCCCAGCCCAGGCCCAAACAACUUCUGUGUAGGGUCAGUUCUUCAUGAGCAAUGUGAAAUGGGACUGCUGGGGAAAAGAGAAAGGGAAGUGUUCCUUCUGUUAACUUUACAUUGAGCCCAUUGAGAUCAAUCCUGGUUUGGGGUGAUUCACCCAUCCCACAUUGCUCAAGAGGGCUCCUGACCUCCCAGACUGACUUUUCAGGGAGCACAGGUGGCUGGAGAAGGCAGGAAACUUUCCUUCUGUGAACUUCCUUAAGUUAACUUGGGAACGAGCCCAGUGAAUUUGAUGAUACACUUGGUGCUGUUUAGAGAGGGGUUUCUAUCAAGAGAGCUCACAAACAUGCCACUUCAAACAUCAGCUACCUCUGUCCACUACUUCCUGUUUCUGUCCCCUUUCAUUGAGAUUAAGUAUUUGCUUUUUUGCCUUGCUGCAUUUUAUAGCUUUUGCCUUGAACUGUAAGAACCUAAGAGCCCUGCUGGUUCAGAUUAGAGGUCUGACUGGUCCAGCAUUCUGUUUUUGCAGUGAUCAGCCAGUAGGGAUGGACAGAGAUGUCAAUUUCAGUUUCCUGUUUUUCCAUACUUAAGUUCAGUUCUUCACAUUUCUACAUCAGUUUUCAUCUCCCCCCCCCCCAAAAAAAAACACCUCAUGAAAAUUAAUCAGAGUGUUAGUGUGAUUUUAUUAAGUAAUAUGUACAUUUUAUAUGCAAUGUUGCAUAAUAUAAACAUUUUUGUAUGUUAUUUUCCAUAACAUAUGCAUUUGUAUGCACACUUUACCUUAGUAUGUGCAUUUUUGUACACAUUACUGGCCUGGGGAACUGCAUUGCAAAAAUUGGAGGAGCACAAAUUGGGAAAGAUGGUUGGAUUUCAGUUCUCAUAUUUUUUUUUGGAAAAUCCGAAUUAGAUGAGGUUGCCUUUGAAUGCAAAGUGAAUUGAAUUUCUUCCCCAGCCCUAUCAAUCAGAUGGCUAUGGGAAAUCCACAAGUAUAGGACAUGAGUUCAAUAGCACUUUUCUGCAUGUGAUCUGGGACUGGAGGUAGUGCAUAGCCUACACAGACUUAGUAGACAUUGAUAAUCUCAUCCAUGAACUGCUUGGAUCUAAUAAGAGGGGAUGUACUGAGUGGCACAGUACAUGUCCAUUUCCUAGUAUUUAUCUCUUGGAAAUGAAAGAACAUUCUCCAGCAAUUAUCACCCAGGUUCAUAGAACCUGUAGUGACUGAGUCACAUUAUAGUGGUUUGAAUUCAGAGGAUCAAACUCUUUUCUCUCUAGUUCCUCUUAUUUCCCUGUAUUCCUCCCAAAUCUAUGAAUGAUUCUAAGUAAGCAACGCCAGAGAAGCCGUUGAAUAUAUCAUUGAAAUAAACUUAGCUGCUCCGUCACUGAAGUCAGUCAUGGCUUGCUUUUCAUUAGCUCAUCAAGCAUUUCCAUUUUAACUGAAGGCUUGAUUAUUUCACUGCCUACAGAUACUUUCGGACAUUAAGUGAAUCGCACAGAGCUUUAUGAGCUUACUUGACUGCAUCGCUCAGAUUUAUGAGGUGCAAGAGUGCCUCAUCUCUUAUAAAUAUAUUUCUUCCAUCUGCACUAAUAAUUUAUGUGGGCUUUUGAAUUUGUUUUAAUCAGAAGUACAGUUACUGACCUAAAAGAACAGGUGAAAGGUCUGCACUUGGAGGAUGAACUCUACGCUGGUCCACUAAGAGACAAAAACCUCCGUCUAAGUAAGUGCUUGUUCUUGGAACACCUGACACUGAGAGCAUUUCUGAUUAGGAAAAUGGGUGCACAUGGGAAGUGUGGCAUGAGGGCUCAUUUUGCUGCAAGUUUGUGGACUGGGCAGCUGCUGCACAUCCAUUUGUCAGUCUUGUUGCAAAAUAAGCACUCAGAUGCUUGAAAGAGUAUUUGCUUUUUGCUAUGGAUAUAUUAACUUUUUGAAGGAAAAUAUAACAUUGUGUAAAAUGGCCCUCAUUGUACCAGUGUUUCUUCAGCACAACCCAUUAGACUCUCAUCUUCAGCUGUGAAAUAUUCUGCUCCUGUAAAAAAUAUACAUGGUCAGAGAAGCAGUUCACUUUUCUCAGUUUUACUAAUUUUGGAAAGAAUUCAGUGUCACACUAUGUCAGCUUACCAGGUGGAAUAAUUCCCUCUCUCUCCUUCCCCCAUGCCCUGACCUGGGGCUUCUCCCAACGCUGCUGAAACCAAUUUCAGGAGUGCUAGGGGAAAAGAUAAGCCCCCUUGCAUAGGCUUCCACUAACAGGACUAGUAAGGUGAAUCCUGCCCUAUGUAUGCAUGACACUUUCCACAUAUAAACCCAGGUGCCAGCCAUAUUUUAAAUGGAAAUAAUAAAGCUCUUAAUUAGAAAAAAGUAUACUGGCAUUGCAUACAUGGUCUUGUCUUGAAUCAUUGGGACUUUGGACAGUAAGGGCAAACUCAAUCAUUUACUAAGUUGUAAACAUUGCUUUGAGAAAAAGCUCAGAAUUUUAAGUGAGCUGCUAGUCUCCCUAAUCUGCCUUGAACUUUGUCCCCUAGGAAAAAAGAGAGUUUUGCUGCAUGAUGCUACCUUGUCAUCCCUUCUCAGUGACGAUUCAGCCUCUGAGUUCAGUCUCACAGAUGUCAGCUCAGAUGAACUCUUUAGUGAACCAGAGAUUGCACAACUUUCUGGUGAGCCUGGGUGUAACUCUGAAAUAUUUACUGAAACCAUUACCUAGUGAUUGAUCUGGGGCUGUGAAGUUUAUCUCUACAAGUUUUUAUUUUGAAUUGCAGUAUUGCCAGAGUACCCUGGAAGAGGAACGGAUUGAUACUGAAAAUACUACUUGCUGUGUUUACUUUUCUUCUGUUUCUGAAAUAUCAAAGGCCAUAUUGCACCACAUAGAGGAACCCUCAGUUUUGAGAAUAAAGGGAUUAACAUUCUCGUCAGGGGAAUUCUUACCCUAUUUCAUUAAGAUGCUUAAGAUUCUUGUGUACAGAUUCUCUUUAAACCUCUUUGCAUUUUGCUUUUUCUCUACCCUAAUCCUAGUGACUCAGUCUUUCUGAAGGAAGCUGCUACAUUUCUACUGUGUUCUGUUCUGGUGCCCUCAAAGUGUUUUCAAGGAUCUUUACUAGAGCUGUUUCCCUCUGUAGAGUCUUCUUUUGCCAGAAGAUUUUGUACAUCCAAGCUCAUGCCUAGGGGAUGAGCCAAAUACAGUGGUACCUUGGGUUAAGUACUUAAUUCGUUCCGAAUGUCCAUUCUUAACCUGAAACUGUUCUUAACCUGAAGCACCACUUUAGCUAAUGGGGCCUCCCACUGCUGCUGCGCCGCCAGAACACGAUUUCUGUUCUCAUCCUGAAGCAAAGUUCUUAACCCGAGGUACUAUUUCUGGGUUAGCGGAGUCUGUAACCUGAAACGUAUGUAACCUGAGGUACCACUGUAAUCCUUUGGGUUUUGUAAAGGAAAACCAAUCACUCCAUCAUAGCUGGGUGCUUGAAGGCUCUUCUGAAGCUCUUGACAAAUGGGUUUGACACUACUUGUAAUAAAUAUGAAAGGGAAGCUUAUAGAUAUACUCACUGCUGGCUCUAAGGUGAUGCUUGUGGAUGAUUGCAUACAAGACUUAACACCUGUACAUGUGGUGGUCCUGGAAGAGAACACUUUGUUUAUUAAAAUUUUAACGUAUGGAAAAAUAUGGUGCUGCAUAGUAGCUCAGAAAAGUGGUCUACUAGUUUUCUUUCAAUCUUUUCAUUUUUUUAAACUUCCCCUCUUUUUUUGAAAGCACUUCUUUCUAGCUUAUUAAUUCUAUACUGUUGAAUUGCAAAAUGUUAUAACAACAACCACAUUAGUCAGCUAAUUACUUUGUAUUGUACUUAUAGAUGACAAGAUUUCCAUACCAGGCUUGAAGCUAGAAAAGAAGACCCCUGGAGGGGCAGCUGGUGGCACGCUGGACACAGAAGACCUCAGCAGUGAGCUGACUGACACUCCUCCUGAGCUCACCUUGAGUAACCUUUAAAACUUCACCUAAGGAUUGCCUCAUUCUUUCUAAUGAGAAAACAAAUUAAAGAGCAGAGAAACAUACGUACUGUUCUCACACACACUCCGCUGCCUUUUGUACAGAUGCAACAUUGAGGUAGAAGGACAGUAUUAACCUCAACCUAUGACCUGGUGAUAUUAGCACAUGCAAGUAUGAUGCAGGGGGCUGAGAAGGGUGUGUUGUGUGUAUAUAUAUGUUCUGUUCAGAGAUUUCCCAGUGUCCCUUUCUGGAAAAGGAACAGUUGCAUUGCUGGUCCCUGCAUGUGUGAUAUGGAUCGUAUCGGCCAGCUUCAAGGAACUGAUUAUUCUCAUCAUUCAUAAUUUGCAGUGUUUAAAUAUUAAAAUGAAAUAUUGAGACUGAGCCGCAAGAGAAAAUAUUCUGGUAAGCAAUCCACUUUACCCCAGAUUCUGUUAAUCCAGGCUUCCUCAACCUCAGCCCUCCAGAUGUUUUGGGCCUACAACUCCCAUGAUCCCUAGCUAGCAGGACCAGUGGUCAGGGAUGAUGGGAAUUGUAGUCUCAAAACAUCUGUAGGGCCAAGGUUGAGGAAGCCUCUGUUAAUCUGUGUCACGGUGCUUGCCAGCACAACAGCUCCUGAUUCAGCACUAAGACAAAACCAGCAGUGAUGGAAACAGUACACUGAAGAAGGGAGCAUAUAGUAUGUUAAACUGCUUUGGCAAGUCACUGAUGUGCCACAUUAGCAGUUGACUAGGAUAGGCUGGCUGUGUGAUAAGAAACCUGUGGGGAGCAUUCUCUUAUCUGGAAAAUACUUUGUGCAGCUAACUUUUUUUUCCUCCUUCCUGGUUGAACUGCUGGUGAACUAUGGUUUCCAGUGACCUAAAGUGGUCUGAGUAGUAGUGGCAUUAGUGUUUCUGAAUUUUGGAUCAGGUGGCAAAGCAUAAUAUAGUUCAAUGCAUUAGUUAAAUAUCCUUCAUAUCUCUGGUCCUUUCUUGGAAUAAGACCGGUAGGAGCAGAAACUCACAUAGAAUGAGAUCCAUCAACCACUUGCUAGCCAAGACAUAUAGGAAAUGCAUAUAGUAAAAUCCUGGGGUUUUUUUAUUAUUUGAAAGGCAGCUGUGGAAUGCUGCCAUUUUGAGCAGAGGAGUAUUGGGACAGGGGCCAUGUGACUGCCAGCUAUUUGUUUUAAAAAUGCCCCCUAACUAUUCUACACACACACACACACACACACACACACACGCAUAGCUCCAGAUGCAGAAAACCUGUAGAGGGCAAUACUUAGUGGAAACAACUCAUGCAAGGAAAAUGUUAAGUAGCUCCCAUUACUCCUCUCCUCACACUUGCAGCCUCCACAUUAAAAAUAAAUAAAAAGGGCUUCAUUGCAUUAAUUUGCUGCACAAAAUAUACCUUCUGCCAUAGCUUUGUUGGUGGGGAAUCACUCGCUACUUGGGGGCUACCUGCUGCUCUUCAGCACAAUUAGGAUAAUGAGAAUGUGCAGCAGUUGCACAUUCUUCCCUACUGUUUCAGUUAACUGUUGGCUUGCUUUUUCUUGCCUUGGUAGUAAGUUGUACUCCAUAUCAGUGAAAAGGGCAGCCUGUUCACCCACUGUAUUGAGCAAAAGUGAUCCUGUCUACCUCAAUAUCCUAAAAUUCUUAAAGUUAUGGAGAAGAUAUUCAGGUCUGGACCUGGUAACUCUUGUAAAAACUGGAAUUAUAUGACAGACCUGGAUGAGUAAGUGUUAAAAGCUUUCCUGUACAGUACAGUUAUUCUGAAACUCCUGGCCUGGACUUUCAGAAGACUGGGUGCCAGUUUACUGAUCUGGAAUCACAUCAAUGGCUGCUGCUUCCUCCCUUGUCAAUGCCUGAAUUAAAAGCUCAAACCUGUUACAACUAAUAAAGUUCCCCAUCCUAUUCAGACAAUAUAGUGUAGCAGCUGGAGCUUGUGUGUAUAACAUGUUAGAACAUUAAGUAAAGUGUAUCUCCUACUACCUCCCACCCCAAAAUACAAAACCAACUAGGGAAGCCUGUGUUAAGAGGAAUCCCUCAAAGGGCCAUAUGCAGUAGACAGCAUGUCCAAUUUCAGGGUAAAAACACUUCAGAAGGAAAAACGAUUAAAGGCAAGGGGAGGGGAAUUAGCCCACAGGGGAUUAAAUCAACAGAUGCUCCAUUAUAGUUCAAAGAGUGCUGGCAAGCAGUGAUUGCUCCUAGAGCUUAUUAGUUCUGGGCUGCUCAUAACACACUGGUUUGUUUUUAGGGCUGAAGAAAUAUAGGCCGAGAAGUCUUUAAUUAAUGAUCUCUAGACAGCACAGUUUGUCACAAAGCAUGUAACUAACUGUAUUUGUGGGACCAAAUCGUGUGUAUUCACCAACAAAUUUGAUGCUGCUCAGCUGAUGGAACACUGGGUUUUGCUGGAACUUAAACUUUUAUAAAUGGAAAGGAAUAAAAGAUUGUGGUAACCAAA